GGGGGUGGAGCUGUCGGGAAUGGCCAUGGCCGAGAUGUCCCUGCUCAGCGGCUUCAGGCCCCAUCGGCUCGACCUCGACAUGCUGCGGGACGUGGUCGAUCGCUGGAUCAGCCACUACGAGCUCAGCAGGACGCGGCUGGUCAUCUACCUUGACGAGGUCCCCACGCGGCGCCAGUGCAUCAGCUUCGGGGCCACCCAGGAGGUGGUCCUGGGGCAGAUCCAGCCGGCCAUGGCGGCUAUCUACGACUACUAUGAGCUGGCUCAGCACUGCACUGUGUCCUACAGCGACCCCCACAGGAGCAGUGUGCCACCCACCCUCUGCUCCUCCCAGCUCUACCUCUGCGCCCAAGGCGUGUGCCCCCGCCUCUGGCGGGCAUUGCCGGCCCUGAUGCUGGGCGAUCACCUGGACUUUGCCUGCUACAGCCCCCACAUCAACUAUGCACUGGUGGUUCAAGCACUGGCCCAGAGUGAGGUUGGGCCCUUCCUGGCCUUUGAGAUCGAAAUCCUGGAGGUUCUACUGGGAGCUGUCCCCAAAUAA